UUUUAGUGUGUUUAACAAAAUGGAAUUUGACCAAAUGGAAAAAAUUAGUUUAAAAGAUUUUGGACGGCGCUUGGCUCUUUUGCUUCAAGAGAAAUAUGGUGGAUAUGAAUCUCUAGAAGAACUAAUCAAGGAAUUCAAGGGAUUUCAUCAAUUCGACCCUGAACAAAAGGCGAUAUUACUAGGCUUUUCGUCUCUUCAACAAUUAUUGCACUCUAGGGAAAUGUUCGAGUAUGUUAAUGUCCUUACAACAACAAAGGAGAAUGGAGAGAGGGUGACAAUUUAUACUGGCAGACACCUCGACGGUGUAAACGCUAUAAAGCAAGCAAAACGACGAAAUCAGAAGCAAUUUUGGCAACAGAGGAAUCAAUUUUGGCAGGAAGAAAUUGAUCGGAUGGACGAAUCUCAAAAAGAAAAUCAUCGACCAAACAAAAAUAAUUCUUGUAAUAACCCAGCAAAUCAACAGCCGAGUAGAAAUACGUUUUCAAUAUUUCGUUCACCUCGACAGCCUCCCACAAAUUUUAAUUCUGCAAAAUUAAUAAGAACAUUAGAGGAAAUUCGAAAUGAUGAAAGACGACAACAACAACAAAAAAUGUUAAAUAUUGAAAAGGAAUCGAGAAAAGCUUUAAAAAAAGACGUGGCUACUGAAACUGAGAAGACCUGCACAAAAUGCAUUUGUACAGGCUGUGUUCGCUUUACAAAAUUGAUUUAUAAAUUGGUUGCUCUAGUGAAGGAUAAAAGGCGAAAAAAUGUUGAGUUGAACAAGACAUAUGAUAAAACAAGCAAUAUUUCAACUAACCUGGGUAAUAUAUCUGAAGAAAAUGAAGCAAAUUUAAUUGAAUUAUCCACUCCAAAUGUAACUAGAGCAAGUCUUAAAAUGCAAAAUGAGAGGAAUGGAAAUGAGUCUGUCAGUGAUUUAAUUCGAUUUUCUACUGGAAAUGGUUCUAGACUGGAAUGUGAAGUUGAGCGCAAUUCUGCUGUGGAUUCACUCAAUAAUAUUGAUAUUCAAGAAGCAUUUAAUUCGUUUAUGGAGGAUAGAAUUGAAAAUUUAAAUGAAGAUGAAAUUAGUGGAGAUUUUUCAAGUAUUCUGAAGGAAUUUCUUGUUUUUGACAAUGAUGAAUCUAAUGCUAGCAGUAAACAGCAGGAAUUGCAGCAAAAAACAAAUAAUAAUAAAAUUGCAAUUCCUGGAAAAGGUAGAAUUAAAUAA